GUUUCUACGGCAACGCGUUCAAGCUUCCUCCAAGAGGAUCAUGGGAAAAAAAUCCUGCUUUCUGAAGCGGGGAAGUUUCGAAAUAUUUCAUGACUUUUCACGGUUAAAGCUAUAAUUCCAAUACUACAAAAACAUAUUUACGUCUACUGGAUAUCGUUUUAGCCCGAGAGAAUAGCAUUUGUAGUUAAAAUGGUCAGGUUAGGACUUUUUCUCGCCGUCCGUUAACACAUUUUAGCUAGGUAGCUAAUGCUACAAUAACGGUACGACGGGGAAAGAAAUGUUUAUUUUUCCUGAAUGCAGCAUCACGAGAUAGAGAUGAAUAAGCAUGAAGCUAAAGUUAGAAGUUGUUUUGUCAUCAAGCAUCAAGCGGAAGAAACCAUGGCCACGAUUCUGUUGGCUUGGACAGGAAAAGGAGUCUGUUUUUCUGUUAGAUGACAAACGGAUAAGCGAGAUUAACAUGGUGUCCGGUCGCACCAAGAAGAAGACCCCUAAACUUCAUCAUUUACUCAACAAUGUGGUGACAAUGGCUGCGUCCCAUAAUGGGAUGUGGCUGUGUGGACUUUUGGCGUCAGGAGAGCUGUUUUUGUGGAACAGAGAUAAAGAUGUAUUGAAAACUGCAGCAGCAGUACCUGAAGUGGUUCAAAUAAUCACCUCUGCUCAAGCGAAUUCCACAAAGUUGUGUGUUCAGGUUUCCUGUGAGGGGACCCAUGUGCUCCUGGUGACCCUAAAAGGGCAGGUGAUCUUGUGGGAGUGUACAGACACGAGGGACUUUGCAGGUCUCCGGGAUGGCCCAGUUAAGGGCCACUGGAUGCACAUACAGCCCCUUGAAGACACCGUAUUGCCUUCUUCACGAGAUAAAGAAGCAUCUCAGCACACAGUUUUUGUCAAAACAGAGGUUAUGGGUGAUGUUUGCUUGUCCGCCUUUGUUUUCACAUCUGGGAAACAGCUUAUUCUCACUGUCAUCAAAAUCCAGUGGAAAGAAGCCAAUUCAAGGGUGGGUUCUGCUGGUUUCAGCAUACAGUGGGCUACGAAGACAUACCCCUUGUCUCGUCUCAGCCCACCCUGCCAUUCAGUGAAGUCUAGAGGGGCCUUGGUGCCAGCCUUUUCCCCAGAUGGCCAGCUGUUAGCUGUUGUCCUGAAUCAGAGAAACCCUCAAGCAACACAGGUUCUUUUUGUGAGCACACAGAAUUUUAUUUCAAUAUGUGGACUUGGAGGAUGUGGAAGUAAGAAAAAAGACAUCCCAUCUAAAUAUAUCAGGUCCUACUGGGUAGGAAGUGUGUGCUGGUCACCUGGAGGCCUUUUCUUGGCUUGUGUGUUGAAGAGAGGUUCCCUCCUGAUGUUGGCGAGUUUUGGCGGACUUCUCACUCUGACAAGUUCUGGCUGCAAUCUUGACUUUGGUCCUGUGCACUUCCUGCCUCUGCACCCGCUGGUGACUUACAGGCCGCCGGUGUCUGCAGGGAGACCUGAAGCUUCUCUGUCCAGCUCGAGCCUGUCCGUGCGUGACAUCCUUAGGCAGCGGUACUCUGUGACCUGGCACCCACGCCUGUUGUAUUUGAUUGUGUCUGAUGGCUACAUGGCCACGGUCCUGAGGAUGCUUGAUAGGCCAUCUCCUGCUCUAUUCCUGAACGAUCUUCUGAAAGAUGUGAGCAAAGAUCUUGAGAAGGCCAGCAGCAAACUGGGCAAAUCACAGGUUAACGUGAAAGCCUGGCUGGAGUCAGUGUCCAGCUUGAAUCUAGACGGCAGCCUCGUGGAGUUUAACCCCUCCGUUACACGCCGGCCAAAAACCUUAGACUCCAUCAUGUCAGCAGCAACAGAUGCAUCCAGGCUGCCGCUGUUCCUGCAGGACCAGCAGUCAUUAGGCGGCACCAAGGAGCUUUUUGAAAGCAUGCAGGCUUUCUUUGAGGACGAGUCUGAUUUAGAAGGAAUUCCUGCUGGUUCCCAUGUGGAAGAUGGAGGUCAUUUGGAGUUUUCCUCCAUGUUUGACACCCUCCAUGCUCUGGAAACGUACAGCGUGGCAUCAUGUCUUGUUGACUCAAAUAAUGAUCGGGACUUUGUUGAAGCUGAGAAGAAGACUCCUCUUCAGCGUGAGUUAGGGAAGAUCCGGAGUCGGCUGCUGACAGCUUGGGCUUUUGGCAUGUUGUUAGGAGAUGCUGUGGAGCACAGAGCUCAUCUGCUGAAGCACACACUCUGUUGUGUAGUUCGAUUCGCUGCUUUGCUUCACUUAAGGCCCAGCUCCACAGUCCUUACAGGAGAAAAGAAAACCCCCACUGUUUCCUGCCUCCUACACCUAAUCAAAGCCCUUCUUUCGUUGCUUUCCUGGGAUAGAACUUCCUCAGAUGGACCAUGCUGCCUGGGGUUGCUAGUGGAGUUUAGUAAAAGGAUAGUACUCCUUCUUCUGACCCCUCACCCUGACCUCUACCAGACCGGGCGUUGCCUCGCAUCAUCUCAAAGCCUUUCCAGAAUCAUGACAAUUUUGCAGCUCAUCUCUGAUUCUCUUGACCGCGUUUACAGCUUACAGCAGAAAACAAGCUGCUCUUCUGAGGAGAAGGCACCUUCUUCUCAGUCACGUCUCUGGAAUUCAGAUGUUUACCAUGUGCCCAUGCUGCAGAAGGAGAAUACAGAUAGAACCAGUUUUGCACACCAGGCUCUGCCUGUUCCUCAUCGACCUUCUAGCAGGUUAUUGGGAGUAUGGCAGCUGGUGUAUGACAUAACACAGCAGUAUGCAGAAGAACUGACCAAGUUUACAGGCUGUGAUGGUUGGGAGGAGGAGGAACAAAAAGUAUCUGUCAUCAUGACCCAGAUCCAGACAGCUCUGCAGGCUACAGGAGGACAUCUGCAGGAGGGUCCAUCACUCCUGAGUCACUCAGGUGAGCAUGAUUUCUUGUGCGGCCUAUACCCAGAGGGUGCAGAUGCAUGGCGAUUACAAAUCUGUCAGGAAGCCAACAAAAGCUGCGAUCGCAGUGUUUUCCAAGAGACUCGUCUCUGUCUGGCACUCCUGUAUAGUCUGUUAUCCCAGUAUAGUUUGAAAGAAGCCCAGGAGUUGGGAGACCACAUGGCUCAGAUGGUUUUGCUCCGUGCUGGAAACCAGAAUAACACUUCAGCGUGCUCAGCAGACUCUCUUCCUUGCCCCUGGCUGCCGAUGAACCUUCACACUGACGCCGCCUGUGCCGUUCUCCAGACUUUAGGGAGGUUCAUGGCCUCUUACUUCACCAACCAGCCGCUCUUUAUUCUUCCAGCUCAUAAUGUGGCCAUUCUGCCUCCACUACAUCUACCCCAAGGCACAAGUGUUGGCCGUUUGGUGCCUCUGAGCCAAGAGGAUGUGGCUAGAGCGGUUCGACAGCAGCAUCUGUCUGAGUUAUGGACAGUGGACUACGCUCUGGACCUGCUGUUGCUGGGGGGGCUGCUUCCUGAGGCAGUGUGGUUGGCUUAUCAUCUGGGAGACUGGAAGACUGCAGUCACUCUGAGUCUGGCUUAUACCAGUUACUGCUCUGAACAUUUGGACUUCACUGCGAUCAGGAAGAGGGAGCUCCACCUGCCGACAGUUUUACAACCAGAAAGCAUUUUCCAGGCUGAGCUGGAUGGUCUUGUUGGCAACAAAGCUGACUCUGAAGAGUGCCUGGAUAAAGAUGGUGACAAGAACAUUACAGAUCCUUUAGAAGGGGACGAUUGGAACUUGUUGCAGGCCUCCUUACAGGAGAUCCUAAAGGCUUCAGUCAUGGCAGGGGUGGAUGUGAUGUCCUCACCUUUGUCUUCCUUGCUGGACAAAGCCAAAGACACGUGUUCUUCCCAGCCUUUGUUGGUUCCCACUGGACUGUACCUUCCUUCUCCACCUCUCUAUUGUCCACAGCCUUCUCCCAACACACAGGACCAAAUGGAAGCAGCAGGUCAGUUUGGUGAAGUUUCACGGCGACACAAAGUAUCUGGGAUCCUCCAAAGAUUACUCCUACUUCUGAGGUCUGCUCGUUGUAGCCGCCCUGCUGCUCAGUGGUAUGUCGGUCGUCUGAGGCGCGCCAGACACAUACUACACAAGAUCAAGAAGAAGUAUUCCUACCCAGCAGCUGCUCAGGAGGAAACGGCUUUCCCAGAAGAACUGGUGAAGUUGAUCAGUCGUCGUGGUUACUUUAAACAGGGACCAAAGAAAGGCGGUCGCCUGGAUCCCGACACCAUUCACGCUAUUGUUUCUUUCCGGGAGCUGUGUGCUUUAUGCUGGAUGCUUCAUGUCAGGGAUCAGCUCUCCCUUCACUGCAGGAAGUAUCAGGCCGCUAGACAGCGUGGAAGAGCCAGAGAGAUCAGUGAAGAUUCAGAAUUGAAUUUAGCCUGCAUUGACGCUGUCCUCUGGGCUUGUCGUCUCCUGCCUUUCUGUCACUUCCUCAAUGCCGAGGAAGUCCUUCAGGACUUACUGCUCAGCCUUUUGUCCGAACUCCCUCCUCUGCCUGUGGUUGCAGACUCUCUGUCACGAGCCUUUCCACAAGAGGUGGCGUCUGUGAGAGUGUCUUUGAGAGACAAGUAUAACUUAUUGCUGCAGAGGUUGAAGCAAAGCAGUGUCUUUGACAGAGAGAAUGAAGAGGUGAAGGCAUCAAUGGCAACUCUCAUUAAAGACAAAAACAAACUAAGGAGGAAACAUCUGGCACGUCUGCAGAGGCACCUGGCCCCACCUGUGCUCCAUCUGUGGGAGAAAGAGGAUGAAGAGGACAGGGGGAGCAAACACAACACUGCGUUGGGACAGAUGUCACUGGGUACCAGCAUCGGCACUUUAACUGACGGUGCUCUUCAGCCGGUGUGCAGUGAUGCAGAAACAUCAGGGAACACAUCUGGGGCUAUUUCUCCUGAACAGCACCACAGAACCACGACCAGAAGCAAAAAAACAAAGAAAGAAGGGAAAAAGUUGAUUGAAAGGAUUAGUCACGUGACGAGACAUGAAGACAGGAAGAAGGAGCAGCCGUCCCUACCUGUGAUCGGCACCUGGGAGUUUGAGCUGGAAGAUGAGGAGUAUCUGAGUUUCCUGGAGCUCUUCCUUAGCUACGUGCUGGCGAAGGAUAGCGCCGAUGGCGGGGAUUCUGGCAGUGAGCUACCUUUGCUGAGGAACUUCUGCUCUGAGCUGCGGGAGAGGGAGUUACAUUCUUUAACAUUUGAUGUACUCACCACAAUACACCGUCGACUGAGAGAUGGACAUCCUCCAGAGAGAAAACACCUAAGCCACGCCCCUCCAGUUUUCAGUGCUGGCAGCUGCUACAAACCAGCGAAGCAGAGUUCUUCGGUUUGGAACAAAGCCUCCGCAUCCAAGUCCACAUCUAUCUCCUCUCAUCCUACCGAGGGGCCAAAAGGUUUGUUUGGUCUCCGAAGGCAAAAUAACGCAUCAUCAGCAAAAGUGAAGGUUCUCAGUCCUGUCAAAAAUGCCUCUAGCACACGGCAGCUAUCCGAUAGCUUCAAACUCAACUCUUCUGUUUCUGUUGAAGCUGUGACUGGUUUACAGCAGGGCUUGGAUCCCAAACUGGAGGCUCAGUUUCCAGAACUGGGCCGGCUGCUGGAGUGGAUGGUGCGGUGGGCUGAUAGAAGGGUUCUUUUAGGAAAACACGGUAAAAAGAAGAAAGAUGAUGAUGAGGGAGUUGUGAUUCGCGUCAGAGCUUCAGCACCGGCUAUCCUCACUUCCUUGAGGUUGCUGGAGCGUACGUACUCUUCUCUGCUACAGCCUGACCGCAACAUCCAAGUUCCUGGAAUGCAGUGGACAGUCGCGCCUGUGCAGCAGCCUGAGGUGGACGUGAAGCUGGAGAGGGAGAGCAGCGUGGAUACUGGCUACCCUGGAUCAGCCAACACUCCCAUCGCUGCUCUUGAUCAUUUACAACAAGCCGAGCUUGGUUCUCCAUCAGAGGAGCCAACGUUUCAGGGGAUGCUUCCCCUUAACCCUCAAUCGGAACGCUCUAGUCCACAGCACCUGUCUUUGGAUGAGUUAGAUGUUCCUCCUGAGAAAGAAGCUAUGAUAGAAGACCAAAGUGAUGACGGGAAAAACCUGCACGUGUUGUCUUUCGGUUCCGGCAAGGACACAUCUGGAAACAUCUGCACAUCUGAAAUGCAGAGUUUAAAGCUGGAAGAUCUUGACUAUUCUGAAAAAGCUGAAGAUUUGCCAAGUUCAUCCUCCAGUUGUCCUUCAGAACACCCAGAAGCUUCAGCUCCUCCCCCCACCCAUCCUAAAACUAUUCCUGACUCCAGUAACGUGUCCGUUCCCCACCCGGCCAUGGAUCCUCCUAACGUCCAACCACAGAGCUGCACCGACUCCACAGCCUUCAGUCAGCCUUUGAUCUCUUCACCAGUGAGACAGCGUCUGGGCGAGGACUUGUUCCGACUGGUGCAGCACAUCAACUAUAUGAGUCUGCAUGAAGUUUUGGGAGCAUCGUUUUCUAAUCUCCACCGAGCUCAGCAGAGCCACCCUGUGGCCUCGCCAGAAAUGAGCUCCCUGCAACCUAAAAUACCACCAUCGUUUACCAACGUCAUCCCCGAACCAAAUGUCUUACCUGUGCAAACAGCAUUUACUGCUUCGAGUCAAGCACAAGAGUGUCUGUCAAAAUCAGGACCCAGUGAUCACCAGCCUAACCAGGUCGCUUUAAGUAGGUUCGCAGUUCAAAACACCGCCAAAACUUCAACAACAAACCAGUAUGAUGCCAUCAGAGGUCUGCCCUCUGAUCCUAUUGGUGCCGGUGGAAAUUAUCAGGAGCUGCAGCCCAUUUCUGUCCAAGCAGAGUCCCCAGAUCUUCAGCAGAGGGUGAAGGAGAGGUUGAUCCCCUCUUCACAAGGCCUUCUAGCCACUACUGACUCUAGUUCUGCUAUUCAAAACCCUCCUAUGUUAGUCCCUCCUGUUAGCAGUGCUCAGAAUGUCUCUGCCUCACAGACGUUGGGCCUGAAGUUGCUCAGACUUCAUCCUCCUGUGAAGUCCCAGGACCGCUCUCCACAGUAUCCACCUGCGCAGCAGCCACAGAUGCUGCACUCUGCUAGUCAUAAAACCAUUGGGUCCUUCCAGCCCAAUGAUCCAGCCACUUGGAAGAAGAGGGGUGGAGAGCAGAGAAACGACUUUUCAGUUCCAGCCAGACAUCUCCAGUUUAAUCCUCCACCGGAUCCUCCUCCCAGGAACUCUCUACCUCAUCUUACAGUUCCAGCUCGCCUGUUGCAGCUGCAGCACGUUCCACAAAGCAACAUCAGCUUUCCCAGACUAACUCAGCCAUUUAUCUCUAGGCCUGCUGUCCUGUCAGUUCCACUUACAGGAGCACCUAUGACUAAGCUUCUACAUAUAGAGUCUGGACCCCAAAUGGUGAGGCCUCAGGCGGUUCCUCCAACACAAAUAACUCGUCUUCCCUCCAUGGAGGAGUUAACAAGCUCAAAGUUUUUGCGGCGAGACGCCGAUGAGGCGGAGCUCCAGCUACUUAGAGUGGAUCCAUCUACUGAAACCACUGGAAGGCCAACCAGCUCGUCCAGCAAGAGACAAAAGAGGAGAGAAGAAAGGGAAAAGGGCAGAAAAAAGGAGGUCACGUUCCGUCCAAACGACUCUAUCAUUCUAACACAAGAGGCAGAAGAUGUUCCUGUGCAUGAAGAGCCUGCCGUUGCUGAAGUGAUCACUCCUGGACAUGACAUCACAGGAUCCUCCUCCUCUUUGCAGACUGGUCAGAGAUUACUGGACCAGGUUUAUUUUACUUCGGCCGAGCUCCACGCCUUUGCCUCCACAUGUAAACAACACCCAGAGCGCCACGAUGCUUCUACCAACACAGAUCAAGCCCAUCCACCCGUGUUUGUGGAUAAAGCUGUUUCUGUCCAGUCCUCGGUGAUGGCUGGCAGCCCUAGAGCACAAAGUCCAGGGAUUUUUCAGAUGUUCAGUGAAGUUCCUGUUCGAGACACAGAGGAGAUUUUGGAUGCGGGUGGUCGCCAGUUCUUCAGUGUCUUGGAUCUAGAAGACCCACUCCAGUGUGAAACUUUGCCACCACAGCCCAGCACCGAAGCACAGCAUGUUCCUUCCUCGCCUACUUCCGCUCAGCUUCACGUUCUUCCUACGGCUGCCAUCAGAGCUGCUGGUGCUGAGCCACGACCUUCAGUCCCAGCUCAAGAGGAUGGCCCCAAGCCUCGCACGUCCACAGACAUCCCUGAGGAGCCUCCUCUGUUAAGUCACUAUGAGCCCCACAGAGUUUCAGAGAGACUCAGUCCGCAAGAGGACGUGACGCUAGAAUCUCCUGAUUCUGAAAUCUGCCGAGCCAUAAAGACUCAGAGUCUCCUUCAUAACCGAACCACCUCCUCAACUCCUUCAGUCUGGUUCUCCUCUCGCCUGUUGGAGCUGGAUGCUCAGUUGGCUGAUCUACAAAACAUUGCUGAUCAUCUUGAGAGGGACUUCUCAAACUCCAGAAUGCUGGUGAACAAAAUUGAAACGCUCUCCUCAGACAGGACACCUAAAGUGAGGACAACCGCACCAGUAAAGAAGACAGUGAGACUCACAGUCCCAGUGGAAGCGUGGACACCAAGAUCUAAUUCAGACCAUGUAACCGAACCAAAGACCUACGAGGAGAAGAACGAAGAGCAUGUGCUUCGUCAUGGCUCCACGUCUCUAAGCCAGAGGGCUGGUCCAUCCUCCCUUCACACCCCUCAAGGAAAGAGAAAUCACUUCAGUGAGACACACAAGAUAUGGCAUGAAUCGACAGAUGAGAACCUGGGUGAAACGGAGUUAUCCGAUACGUUAGAAAUCCUAGACGAGUUGGUGAAGGAAGGCUAUCUUUCCUCUACUGACUGGAAUUCAUCCACCUCAUCAAUUGAAUGCCAUAGCAGGCAGGACCUGCAGCAGAGUAGCUGGACCUCACAGAAGCCUGACCUUCCAGGGGAUCAAAGGAAGGAGCUGAGGAUCUGGAUGAGAAGGAAACAGCGAGAAAGACUGGCAGCUUAUCAGAAACACAGGGAGAACCUGAGACAAAUGGAGCACAAACCUUUUUCUUCCACUCCAGCGGGGCGAUCUGUAAGCAGAAAUCAAGGCACUGAUGAGAGAACCAGAAAGGAAAAAGAAAAGAUCAUGCUUCUGAAGCAGUAUAAUCGGAGGACAAGCGAGGCUUGUUCUUUGGUCGCUGACUUCCUCACCUCUCCUGAAAACGAGUGCAGGUUUUCGCGGACCGAUGGUCCUCCAGUGCGCUCCAGCACGAGGCCUCCUUCUGCUCCACCUCUUGCUUACAGGGCUCGUACUGCAGCUGUUGGUGAUAAUAGACGUCUUAGUUCUCAUUCUGGACAACUGUCUCCACUCCAUCGUCCACAGCUCGUAGAGCGGUAUUUAGAAGACCUCCACAGGAGACUGGGACUUUAUCGACCUGUGACCUUUUUGCCAAAGGACCGGCUGUCUCAGGUAACCAGGCGUGGUAUGCUCAGCAAUCCCAGAAGCCAAUCUAAACAUGCAGCUAGCCAGAAUGAGAGGCAGCGUGAUGGAAACCAGAGGAUGGUGGAGCUAAACAAAACAUUUUCAAGUGGAGCUGCUUCAGGAAGACUCAUCCCAAAAGAGCACACACAAGUAGAAGAAACAGAGGUGAUGGACCACAUAGAACUGAGCCAGCCACAGCAUCUGGAUGAGUCCGAUGUGGUUUUGGCCGAGCUUUUGGGUGCCGAGAACGAUGGUGUCACAGGUGGUGUUUCAGAGGUGGGCUGGCUGGAUAAUCUCUCUGGGAGCGCGGGAAGCACCCUCAGCAAAAUAGACUGGGCGGCCAUUGAAAGGAUGGUUGCUGAAGAAGAAACUUGAGCAUAAUGCACACAAAUAAAAGCAUGCCAUAAGGACUCUUUGGGUAGACAAAUGAAAGAAAUUUGUCAAGUGCCAACAGACUUUUCUGUGAUCUUAAAAGUGUGACUCUAUUAGCAAUAUACAACUGAGUAUCACAAUUUAGAAUUUGUGUAGUUCUCUAUGGUUGUUUUUCUUUUUAUUUAUUUUUCAAAAGUCACCCAUCUAACAAACAGUUUUUUGCAUUUUAAUAAUAAUACAUUUAAUUUAUAACCCCCCCAAAAUAAAUAACCGAUGUCACCUCACAAAAAUAAACAUGAUAAAAACUGAA